UCCUCCUUCUCCUCCUCCCUCUCUUCUUAAUUCCCCAGUCUCGUCUGGACGACUUCGGCGGCCUAUACCAUUAACUAGGUCGUUUACUAGGCAACCAUAAUCUCUGCCUCGCAGCCGCCUCUCCGUCAAAAUGGUUCCGACGCUUUCAGCGGCCGCCGUAGCACUUACCGUACUUUCGUCUCUUUGUACUUCCACACUUGCAGCUCCAUCGAGUGCCCAGGAGGCAGCAACACCUUUGCACAUCCCACUCGUUAGACGAAAAAUAUCUCCCAGAUCUUUGGAUGACUAUGCCUCUGUUGCAGAUAAUAUUCGUCAGAAAUAUGGUCGUCCAACGCUUGGGGGCUCGUUACCUUCGAGGAGUAAGCGCCAGAAUACUGCGAACGUACAAACUACCAACCAGCAGGCGGAUUCGAGUUAUUUUGCUCCGAUUACCGUCGGUACUCCACCACAAACUUUCAAUGUCAUCCUCGACACCGGUUCCUCGGACUUAUGGGUCGCGAACAACGAUUGCUCCGCAUGCCCACAAGACGUCACUCUCUUCAACCCUGGCUCGUCGUCCUCUCUAUCCCAAUCCCAACAGAGCAUCCAAAUUAGUUACGGAUCAGGCGAGGUAGCAGGUCCAGUUGCUACGGACACCGUUAGCAUGGGAGGGUUCACCAUCACCGGCCAAACAUUCACGCUUGUCAAUCAAAUCACGUCAAAUUUCUUGGUGUCACCCGUUUCCGGCCUAAUGGGCUUGGCCUUCCAAACGAUCGCGCAGUCUCGAGCGAUGCCAUUCUGGGAAGCCCUCGCCUCAGGAAACCACCUUACCACACCAGAAAUGUCUUUCUGGCUAACACGCUUCGUCAACGACCCUCAAGCUCAAGCACUCGAGCCCGGGGGUGCCUUUACACUCGGCGGAACCAACUCAAGUUUAUUUACCGGGGAUAUCGAUUUCGUUAACAUUCCUAGCGGUGUAACACCCAGUUUCUGGUUACUUCCGCUUCAGGCGGUUACGGUACAGGGGAAUAAUGUGGAUAUACCGACUGGUAAUGGUGCUCUUGCUGCAAUCGAUACGGGGACGACGCUUGUUGCUGGACCGAGUGAUGCUGUUGCGAAUAUCUACGCUCAAAUACCGAAUUCGAAGAACCAGACAGGCCAGUUACAGGGAUUCUUCUCUUUCCCCUGCGACACGACAGUAACCGUAUCUCUCAACUUCGGUUCACGAACAUGGGCAAUCAGCAACGCAGAUUUCAACUUGGGUGCGAUUGACAGAGCAGGCGACCAGUGUCUUGGUGGGAUCUUCGACCUUGAUGCUGGGUCGAAUAUUGAUCCGAGUAGUAACGUGCCGAGUUGGGUUAUUGGGGAUACGUUCCUUAAAAACGUAUACUCCGUGUUCCGCUCAAGCCCACCCUCCGUUGGCUUUGCCCAGCUCUCAGACGCGGCAGGCGGCGCUCAAGGUAUGUCUCUUCCCUUCUUCCCUUCUCUCUCUACGUCUUCAUCUGGGUCAGGUUCGCUCACUUCUACAUCUUCAUCCUCUCGUCCGGCGCCAACUACUGCGUCUUUGUUUGGUGGUACUUCAGCACAACAACCUGCUGGGUCGGGAUCAGCGCGUGUAUCGAAUACGGGUGUACCCUUACCUUCGGGAUCGGGUACUUCGAGUGAUGCUUUACGCAGCGUAACUUUACCUGUCAGCCUUAGCACCGGGAUGGCUUUGUUGAUCAGCAGUAUUUUUAUCACGGCUUUAACGGUCCUUUCGUAG